UACCCCUCCCCAACCUCCAUCUCCUCUUCUCUAACUCUCUCUUCUUCCCCAGGAGUCUCUCCUACCCCCACCUCACUUCCAACCACAUACCAGAAGAGAGAGAAACUCAUACAUCGAGAGACUCCAUUCUUUUCCUUUUAUAAUAAUCUGUACCCACCAUUUUGCUUCCAAUUUAAAUUUCUGGGUACCAAUUAAAAUUUUAAAACCCUUCCAAUUUCUGUAAAAAAAAAAAUCCCAUCUUCUUUUCAUCAAAAAAUUGAUCUGGGUUUUCAAUAAAAAAAUGGAUUCCAACCCAAUCAAAGUGUCCCCAUUAGAUCUAAUGAGUGCUAUAAUAAAGGGUAAUUUCGAGCAGCUAAACGCGUCGUUUGAAGACUCUUCUGCAGCUGCGAUCAUAGUUGAGAACCGUGAAAUUGUCAUGUUUGUUACAACAUCCAUUGCUGUGCUAAUUGGUGUUGCUUUCUUGCUCAUUUGGAGGAAAUCAAACGGUGGGAAAUCUUCUAGAGUUGUUUCUGAUGCUCCUAAGCCGUUGAUUCUUAAGGAGGAAGAUGAUAUUGAUGUUGAUGAUGGCAAGAAAAAAGUUACAGUCUUUUUUGGUACUCAAACUGGAACUGCCGAAGGAUUCGCUAAGGCGUUAGUGGAGGAGGCCAAGGCACGAUAUGAGAAAGCGACUUUUAAAAUUGUUGAUUUGGAUGAUUAUGCUGCUGAUGAUGAAGAAUAUGAAAGAAAACUAAAGAAGGAAUCGUUGGCUUUCUUCUUUUUAGCUACGUAUGGAGACGGCGAGCCAACAGACAAUGCAGCAAGGUUUUAUAAGUGGUUCUUGGAGGGCAAGGACAGGGGUGAGUGGCUUCAAAACCUCCAGUAUGGAGUGUUUGGGCUUGGCAAUAGGCAGUAUGAGCAUUUCAACAAGGUUGGCAACGAGAUUGACGAGCUCCUCGCUGAACAAGGUGCAAAGCGUCUUGUUCCAGUUGGUCUCGGUGAUGAUGACCAGUGCAUUGAAGAUGAUUUUUCAGCUUGGAAGGAACUAGUCUGGCCAGAAUUAGACCAGCUGCUUCGGGAUGAGGAUGAUGUAGCUGUUUCUACUCCUUAUACUGCUACAAUACCGGAAUACCGUGUAGUAAUUCACGAGGCAGCUAAUGCAGCUCAGCAAGACAAGAGCUGGGCUAAUGCUAAUGGUCAUGCUGUUUUUGAUGCCCAACAUCCAUGCAGAUCAAAUGUUGCCGUGAGGAGGGAGCUACAUACUCCUGCUUCAGAUCGUUCUUGCACCCAUUUGGAAUUUGACAUUUCUGGCACAGGACUUAAGUAUGAGACAGGGGAUCAUGUUGGUGUCUACUGUGAAAAUCUUGUUGAGACUGUGGAGGAAGCUGAAAGGUUACUGGGUUGGAAACCUGAUACUUACAUCUCUAUCCAUACUGAUAAUGAAGAUGGCACUCCUGUUGCUGGAACCUCUCUACCACCGCCAUUCCCACCUUGUACUUUAAGAGCAGCUCUCACUCGUUAUGCAGAUCUAUUGAGCUCCCCUAAAAAGUCUGCUUUGCUAGCAUUAGCGGCUCAUGCUUCUGAUGAAAAUGAAGCUGAACGGCUGAGAUAUCUUGCAUCUCCUGCUGGAAAGGAUGAAUAUUCGCAAUGGGUAGUUGCGAGUCAGAGGAGUCUCCUUGAGGUUAUGGCCGAGUUCCCUUCAGCAAAACCAUCAGUCGGAGUUUUCUUUGCAGCAGUUGCACCACGUUUGCAGCCAAGAUUCUACUCCAUCUCAUCCUCCCCAAGAGUGGCCCCAUCAAGGAUUCAUGUUACGAGUGCAUUAGUUCUUGACAAAAUGCCCACUGGAAGGAUUCAUAAAGGAGUGUGUUCAACUUGGAUGAAGAGUUCCGUGGCUGAAGAGGAGAACCAUAAUUGUAGUUGGGCACCAAUUUUUGUGAGGCAGUCUAACUUCAAACUCCCAGCCGAUACAUCUGUCCCAAUUAUAAUGAUUGGUCCAGGAACUGGAUUGGCACCUUUCAGGGGAUUCUUGCAGGAAAGAUCUGCUCUGAAAGAAGACGGAGUGGAACUCGGGCAAGCGAUUUUGUUUUUCGGAUGCAGAAACCGUGAACUGGAUUAUAUCUACCAAGAUGAGCUCCGGAGUUUUGUUGAAACUGGCGUACUUACGGAGCUAGUAGUUGCUUUCUCACGAGAGGGCCCCACGAAAGAAUAUGUACAGCACAAAAUGAUGGAAAGGGCCUCAGAUGCGUGGAGCGUAAUCUCACAAGGAGGGUACAUUUAUGUAUGUGGGGAUGCCAAAGGCAUGGCACGAGAUGUCCACCGAGCCCUUCACACAAUUGUACAGGAGCAGGGCGGUAUGGGUAGUACAGAAGCAGAAGCAAUGGUGAAAAACUUGCAAACUAGUAAUAGAUACUUGCGCGAUGUUUGGUAAUGACACAACUUCCAACAUUCAGUCAUUCAGAAACAGCAGCAGAAAGACACAAAGUUGUUAUUACCAAAUGAAAGAAUGGAAGGAACGUACAUUUGUUGCAAUUAGCACCCUUGAAAUUGAUAAGGAUGUCUUAUUGUAGCUUAAUUAAUUAUAUUAAUGAAUUCUUUAUCUGUAUUAUGAUUCUUUUUUGUUUUCUCUUUUCUUUUAUCUCGGGGGAGUGACUAGUGAGGGUGGUGAUUAUUCAUAUUUUGUACCAUAAUAAUAAAUUGCUAUUUAUAAGUAUAUUUUUAGUCAGCCAGGAAUUAUUGAAGGAAAUGUAAUUUGUAUUAAUUGUAAUUUUGCCAGACAGAAAGUAGCGAUUUGUACGACAACAGACGUUCUUUAUUAUACAACAGAUGAAAUUUAUGCAUCAAA